AUGACAGUCUACCACAUCGUUCUCUUCCGCCUCAAGCCAGGCGUCACACAAGCCCAGAUCGCCAACUGGGGUGCCAUCGCCGAGAGCAUGGUCGGGAAAAUCCCCGGGCUGGUUUCCCUCAAGGCCGGCCAGCCGUUGCCCAUCAGUGUUUCUCGGGCUAAAGGGUUCGAUAUGGGGCUGGUGGCGGUAAUGGAGUCGCCGGAGCAUGUGGCUUCGUAUGCUACACAUCCGGCUCAUUUGGAGGUGCAGAAGUUGAGGGAGGAGUUGUGUGAGGAUACGCUAGCGUAUGAUUUGGAGUUUUGA